UUCGUGAACGUUAUUUUGUCAUUUACAUUCUUAUCUAACCAAAUGUGGACUGAGAUAUGACCUGAAGCUCCUCUAGCUGGUGAAUUCACAACGAUCUUCACUCAAGCUGCUCUGCAGAGAACCUCAAAACCAUGUUGAAACCCAGCGGAUUUUGUGCUAUUAUUGUUCAGCUGUCUUUGGCAGCAGGAACAAACAAUGAUUGGAGGGUCCAGGGAGCUCCAUUCAGCUCCAAUCUUGGAAACAGGGCAUAUCUUCAGAUGACUCCACUGAGGUUUGACCCACUACACUCUGAUCCUGAAGACACUGGAAAGUGGCCAUCUGAUCCUUACAGAGGCAACAGGUCCAAAGCAAUGAAUGCAAUCAAUAGUGGUGUGGGUUUGUGGUUUACAGAACCUCUGACUUUAUUCAUGUUAAAGACACCACGUCAGAGAAUUACUGACAGUUGUAAUCCUCCUGUCCAUGUGCUGUGUUCCAUAAAUCAAACAGUAUCUACCUGUGCAGUAGGUACUUGUCUAACUAAGGAGGCCUUCCAAGUUUAUUUGACUCAUUCAGAGGGUUUUAGAUUCAGUCAUAAUGACGCUCUCAAGACAGAAAUAAUGUGUAACCAACGACAAAUAACUAGGAGGGAAGAUAAUACUGAAUACAGUCACCAGACUAUAGUUAUUAUGGAAGAAGACCCUGCAGUGAUUAAGUCUGCCACUAACCUGUUUGAGAGAGAUCCCACUAUAUCAACUUUGCUGAGGUACCACAAAGGGGUGCUGCAUAUUCUCAGGGGAAAACAUUCUUUUUCUGCUAAAAAUCAUGAUGUCCUACUGGUUGGCCAUGGAAGCAAUGGUACCAAUGGAACAGUCCAGCUGUCUGGUUAUGGUCCAGUGGAACUUGCCAGGUUACUGUUAAAAACUGAAAGGCUCUUUGGUCAUGUUGGCACAAUCACCCUCAUCAGCUGCAACCUUGGAAAUCACCUGCACUUUAUGUUGCAGCUGCUACGGUUUCUGAAGUCUUUCUCAUUAGAAACAAAAGUGCACCUACACAACUCUUUUGUGUCUGUCAGCUCUGAUGGACAGAUCAUGUCUUGGACUGACGGAGAAUGGAGAUCUCAUGACAACAGCAGAAGAGUCAUUGCUGAACUGGAUAAAAGAGGUGAACUGCUUAUGAAAGUGGAAACUGGUUGUGUGGGGCCAGUGUUUCCUGCUUAUAAAGGAGAUGUUUUGUAUCUUCAGUCAUUGGAGUGGCCAAGUCACCCUCAAAUGUUUGUUCCAAUGGAGCUGCGCAAAAAGUACCCUUUUAUUGAAUGCCUCGAGGGUCUCACUUGGAGCUUGUUCUUUGAGGAGAAUGAAAAAAGGCGUGCUCCUGAUUAUAUCCUGGAGCAUGAUCAAAAACAAGCAAUUUGGCUUACAGAACCAAGACCAGCUGAAGACAACGUUAUCUUCAAACAUAUUAUUAGCAUCCAGGAUCUACUUGCCGAGAUACGAUACAACGCCAGAGAAGAAGUUGCAUCAGACCUUUACUAUGUUCUCAAUGAAUGCAUUUACAAAGUACAGAAGACAAAUCUUAGUGUAAGUCUGGUAGGCAAGUUCAUGGCCACUACCAGUCAAGCUGAAGUUGAAAAUUUCCAUCAAAAUUUCAAAGAGGAGCAGGAUGAGUCCUCCCUACAGGAGCUGAGACAGGGUCUCAAAGCUUCCAAGUUCAAUGACUUCUGUCGCCAGACUUUCCAGUUCCAGCAGUGUAACUACAACUGUGAGAGAUGGGGUCGUUAUUUUAUGGCAGCGGUGUUUUCAGCAUCUGUACGUAACUUCAGAACCUUCUCACUUUUCCUCAUGAGUGUCAUAGGUUGUGAAGUAGGCCGCUCACGAGGGACUGACAGCCCCCUUUGCACAGCAUUUGUUGGAGAUGACCACCCCAUGGUGACUGACCAACCUUGGCCAGGAAAUUUGCAAAGAGGAUUCUAUGGCUGCGCUGUUGACGACUAUGGAAGAGCACCACAAAAUAUACAGAUUUGGUUAGAACAAGUUGUAGCAAAGGAAAAUACCCUGUACAUCAAAUCAAAGCAAAUGAUGAAUGCUGCCAACCAUGAUGAGCAAACAGAGCUGGAUAUCUUUGGGAGGGUCAAAGUUAUGAAUAAGUAUGUGUUCUCAUCUUAUCUAGAGUUCUUUCGAGGUACACCAGAGGGAAAGAAACUCAAGAGAGGAUGUGCUUCAGCUUUCCAUGAGAAUUUAAAUUCAUAAUGCUAGUGUAGCAUAGGAUGUGCAAAAGUAGUUUAGUUUAUUGUGACUUUAUUGCAUAGUUGGCCCUAACAUUCUUCUUAGCUUCUUAUGUUCUGCCUGAGGCUGACAUGACACUGCAAAAAACACAUACAUUACAUAGUUUAUUGGUGCUUCCGCUGACUGACACAGCUCCACAUUUGAUAUUGUUUAACAGCUAGAAGAGAAACCAUCUUGAUAAUUCUCUAAGUUAAAACAAUAAAACAUAAUGCUGUUUGAGCAGAUACUUUGGAUUUUAUUAUCAAAUAUUUAAACUGAGAUGAUUUGCUUUUUCUUCUGAAACCAAUACAAGAUUAAACAGUAACAUAUAAAGUUCUGGUGAUUUUCUUUAUUGCAUCAUUUUUCUAUAAGUGUCACACAGGUCAGAAUACAGGUAAGAAUACAGAAAACUACAAAACAUAAAUAGAAAGAAAAUGCAGGAUCACAGAGGGUAAAGCAUUACUAGUAGAAACUUAAUGGGAAUAAAAGCAUGCUUUUUGAGCUGUUCCUCCAGAUGAAUGUCAAACAUACUGAAAUUUAGAAAGUAUCCAAACCAUAGUUUUGUGUUUUGUUAUUAACA